AUGUCUUCGCCGUACCUCUACUUCUGUGUGUUUUGCGACCAGAAUUGGUCCAAAUAUACCUCCAAAGACCUCAAGAAUCACAUAAUCGUCAAACACUUCGACAGUCGAGUGGACGAGAACUUCACCGAAUGGAUCGACUCGUUGGUGACAUACGAGACACAACUCAAUCAAUGUCUUCGGUGGUCAUCACCGCCACAGUUGCCGAAGUCGUCCGUCGAGAACUUGUCGCAGAUAUUACUCAAAGGCUGUCACCUCUGCGACCGUAUUAUAGAGUGCUUUAAAUUGGAUCUCAAUUCACGCGAUCUCAAGAAGAAGAGUCUUUGCGUCUGUGGCUAUGGAUCGGAAUCAGACAAAGUGGUCGUUCACUGCCAUCAAUGCAAACAACUCUUGCAUUUCAAGAGUCUUUGCGUCUGUGGCUAUGGAUCGGAAUCAGACAAAGUGGUCGUUCACUGCCAUCAAUGCAAACAACUCUUGCAUUUCGAUUGCGUCGAGCCGACCAACUUCUCGGGAGAGGACAUAUCGCUCUACCAGUGCUUUAAAUGCAAGCAAAAGACCAAAAUCUACGAGAUAUCCGAAUUGAAGCUCAAGUCUAAGCCCUUGAGACGCGUCCAUCUGUUCCAUCACUUCAGAUAUCUUCCAUUCGUGUGCAAAGCGGUGACAGACGGCCAACGGGUGUGCAAUAAGGCAUUCUUAGGACAGAACUUCUUGAGGGCUCACAUCAAAGAGGAUCAUCGCGUGGAACUCCAAGAGCACCAGUUGUCUCGUUAUCUCAAACACAAACUCAUACCCAAAGUACAAGAAUUGAUCGACAAUUCACUACCGCUCGACACACAAACCCAGGCAUCCGUACAAAACAUACACAUCGCUAGCCGAGAGCCGAUUCAUAAGAGAAAUCAUGAGUCAAAUGUGAGUCCAAAGCGUAACGUUCCCUCAAAUACCUCACGAACACCUCUGUUGCACGACUCGGGGGCACCCGUCCUAACACCUGUCCAAUCACUUCAACGAGAGUCUGAUAUGAAUCAGUCGAGUCGGGGCCGUAACUCACGAGGCAAUAUGGAUCAGAUGUUCAGUCAAAUACACAACCGCUCCAAACGCCCCGUCUCUCCAAAGGGACUCAACAAUAACUCUAAGCGCGCCAACACUUCGCAAAUAUCGCCGCCUUUGAGGAGUCCUCCCGUUCUCGUCAAUGAGUCGCUCGUAAGUCAACGAACAGCUGCCGAAGGCAGUGAUCAACAGAUCUUGAGGUCCUCGCCUGUAAAGCCUCGCAGAGGACCGGGAAGACCGCCCCGAAAGAACAACAAUGGCUCACAAGCGUCCAAAAAACAACUGUCCCAUCAAUCGAGCGCUGGUAGUGUACAGCAAAGCAGCAAUAAUAUGGUCCCCAAGACUGCUAUUGCGCCGAACGGACACAUCGCCGAUGAGAAUCCUUUGCUGAGAAGCCGUCUCUCGGAAAAGUCUCGACUCUCGAGACCUAACAUUAGUUUGAGUCGUGAAGCGGAACAGGCGCUCAAAAUGAGUACAAAUACAGUCAGUGAUAGUAAUGUGAAUAACGACGGGAGCGAUGAGAGCACCGGAUGGAACUCAGACGUCGAGAAAUACGAGCGAAACACUCACUCGAGACGAUCAUCGGGUGCCAGCAUUCAUGUGAAUACCGUUCCCUCGAAUGGCACGGCCAUCAAUUUGUGA